CCAAAAGUUCGAUUCUGCGCAUUAAAUACAACCGGAAGUUACCAAGACAGCGAUCACUCGCCGGUGCUCAAAUAUACUACACGCACCUGUUAUAACAUUAGCUUGUUUUGGGGGUCAUCUAGAAGGUUACUGUCAUGUUCUGGAGCUCGGCAGCUCAGCGAGGUGGCAUUGGACUUGUCCCCUACUUCUGUCGAAAUGCUAGCCUAAUUCGGCGCUGUCCUCAACGACGACAGUCUCUCUUCACCUCUUCUAAAUUAGCCAAAGAAGAUGGCGAAUUGAGCCGGACACGGAGGGAGUGGACCCUGGUAGUGAGCCCCUUCAGUACGGUACGAGCACGACUCGGCAGCAGUAUCUCUGUCCGGCCUCUGGACCCACACGCCUUUCCCGAAGCUGACCGAGUCUUCGUCACUGUCCACAGUGGAGCUUCUACAAGUUGGGAGAAGGAUGUUGAUGACUUUCACGUCCAGUAUGAUGAACACAGCAAGGAGCUGCUCAUCACGGCUGACAGGGAUGACGGCAGCUAUUCGGUUUCCAUAUCUGCACCGAUCAAGAGCAAUGUCGUCAUUAGCACCCACGGAGAAGGUAACGUGGAAGUGAAGAAUAUGGAGUGUGAUAUCUGCACGGUGCACACAGAGCGAGGCAACUGUAUACUGCACUCAAUCAAGGGUCAUCAAGUGGAGGUGCACUCAGGUGGAGAUGUCACAGGCUUGGGCACCAUUCAUGGCAACGUGGAAAUCAGCGCUUCAGGAAGCAGUGCUAUACGUGUCAAGAAGCUGCAGGGCACCACAAUGAAGCUCUCCACAGAACGGGGCGAUCUGAAGGCCAAGGCCAUCUAUGCCGAGUCCAGCUGCAUCUCCUCCUGCACAGGGAAAAUGGAGCUUGGACAUGUACAUGGUGAUGCCACCGUGAAGAACACAACAGGCGAUACACACAUUGAUGGGUCAAAUGGCUUCUUGAAGGUUUCCUCUCAAAGUGGAGGCAUUGAUGUGUACGUGGGAGAUGGAGGAAGCGCUGAAGUGCUCAGCCAAGAAGGAGCGGUGUGUAUACGUGUCCCAUCCUCACUGAGAGCAGAUGUGGAGCUCUGUGGAGCAUCAGUGGACAUCAGCCAUGAUGUAACGCUGCACCAGUUGCAGAAGAACACGACUGCGGGCCAAACCAGAGUUACUGGCUACAUGAACACUGAUUGUCCGUUGGAGCAGCGGCUUAAAGUGACAACAGAAAGAGGCUCAGUCAACCUGAGGAUGCAAAGCUGGUUUGAGUCCCUAAAUCUGGGAGGCUAAAAAGUCACCUACUAAACCCACUAAAGAGGCAAUUUCAAGCAGAAGUGGUUGGAGUUGCAGAGUCCAGGAGAAGAGAAAAAUACGGAACUGUUUUGUGAACAUACUAUAUGAUUCUCUGCCGCUGAAUCCCUGAUCCAUGCUUUCAUCACCUCCAGAAUCGACUACUGCAACAGUAUUCUCUAUGGUACACCGUCCAAAACCCUCAACAAACUACAAUAUAUUCACUUCAAAAUUCUUCUCAUCACCUACAAAGCCCUCCACGAUCUGACCCCCCCCCCCCAUAUCUCACAGACCUGCUCCAUCCACACAAUCCCCCGCAUCCCCUUUGCUCCUCAGACUCCAACCUCCUGGCACUCCCCUGUAAGACCAAGCUCCGAACCUGGGGAGACAGAGCCUUCUCCAUCGCUGCCCCCACCCUCUGGAACUCUUUGCCCCAUUCACUCCGUGCUUGGCCUGACCUUCCCACCUUCAAAAAACAACUAAAAACCCACCUCUUUAAAUCUGUUUUUAAUGUCUAACUUUUUAUACCCGACUGCUGUGCCCCGCCCAGCUUUCACUCAUGAUUUAUCUGUGUGUUAACCAAUGAAUGCUGUACUUUGGUGUGUCUUCUAUUCUGUUUACUUGCUUUUGUUCAACUUCAUUUUUCUGUAAAGUGUCUUUGAGUAUCUUGAAAAGCGCUAUACAAAUAAAAUGUAUUAUUAUUAUUAUUAAUACUUAAACUAUGCCAAAAUAUCAGAGGUUUUGUGCAUUUGGAAGUGAGCCCUGAAAAAUGUUUGU